AUGGAGGAUUCUACUGCGCUGAUCACCAGGCAUCAUGUUGAGCACGCCCAGCCCAAAGAUAGAUACCUAUAUUCCGAAAAUAACGCUCUGCCGCCUACACACGAUGGGUAUAUGGAUAUCGACGAAGCCUGGCGUCGCUUCGAAGUAGCAAGGAGAUCAGCAGAGUUCUAUAUGGAUCAGUAUUUCCAGAACCUGGAAGCUGGAACCGCCCAGCCUAGGGCCGGACCAAACUCGCGUUCUAGUCUCGCUCCCCUCGCUCUCAUUGGAGUUCGGCUCGGGACAAGUAGUCCUUCAAACCAACUACCAGAAACUUCAGAUACAGUUGAGACUCGGGGAGGGCAGCUACGUGACGGCAGAUAUUGGAACAGAAAAGCGGCUAGAGACUCUCUCAUCAGGGACUUGAAUGAGAUGGGCUUCUGGAUUGCGCAACUGUCAUCGUCGCAACAGUUUCAAGUCAAAAUCCCUAUCUGCGUGGCUUGCUUCUCGGGAAUAGUAAUGUCCGGUCUCCAACACGUGAGAUCACAGCUACUUCAGUGGGCGGUAUAUGUUGGAAAAAUAGCAGCGCUGCUCGCGAUGGCGUCAUCGUUGGGGUACAUGAUCCAUGGGAGAAGACGGGUGGUAGAGUACUCGCGCCACAAGGAGUCCAUUUCUCAGUGUCUGGAUGCUGUGUAUGGCUGGGCCCUAACGAAUGGUCAUCAGAAGGUUGUGACGAAGAAGCAGUAUUGGUUGUUGAAAAGGCUGAGCUGA